AUGUAUUUGCUUUACUGCAGCUGGGACGAAUCCUCCGCUGACCUGUCGAUAUCGCUCAAGUCAUGCACUGGAAGCAUCCCGAAGUACGCGAUCCUCUCCCAUCGAUGGGCCGCAAACCCCCAAGACGAAGUCACCUUUGAAGACAUGACUAUGCGCACUGAGACAGCUAAGGGGAAGAGUGGCUUCAAAAAGAUUAGAGGAUGUUGUGCACAGGCGUUGCGAGACGGUCUUCACUGGGUCUGGAUCGACACUUGCUGUAUCGACAAGAGAAACAGCGCAGAGCUUUCCGAGGCCAUCAACUCGAUGUAUAGUUGGUACGAAAAGUCUGAGAUAUGCUAUGCAUACUUGGAGGAUGUCUCCAGCCUGGCGGUCAACGGAAAAGAAUUCAGAAAAAGCAGCUGGUUCACGAGGGGAUGGACCCUGCAGGAACUCAUUGCUCCAGCCGAGGUGGAAUUCUUCACCAACAACUGGGUCAAGAUCGGGGCCAAGUCAGGUUUGGCCUCUACUCUCGCCAAAAUCACAGGGGUAGCUAAAUCUGCCCUCGUCAAUGGCGUACACGCAUACAAGGCCAGUGUUGCAGAAAAUAUGUCUUGGGGGGCGCAUAGGAAAACGACGAGGGCCGAAGAUCGGGCAUACUCGCUCAUGGGGAUUUUCGGAGUCAACAUGCCAACCUUAUAUGGCGAAGGCCAUCGCGCCUUCGCAAGGCUCCAGCACGAAAUCAUGCGGAUAUCCCACGACCACAGUAUUUUUGCCUGGCAGAGGAAGAGCCUAACGGCCGGGUUGUUGGCUGAGUCGCCCGAUGAGUUCGCCCACUCCUAUGCUUGCCGUCCCGCCGACUACCGGGCAUUCACCAAGACCUUUGCAAUUUCGAAGGCGAAACCCGACUUCGCCAUGACAAACUUCGGGUUGCAUAUUCAGCUGCCGCUGACACCCAUAUCAGGAUUAGACGGGUACUACGUUGCCUAUCUGGCAUGCACUGCUUCCGAUCAGAGACGGGCGCGCAUACAGGACUGGGGUUCCAGAUUCACGCACCAAGAAUGGGAGUACGGAGAUGACGAGUGGGUCGCGAUAUUCCUGCAUCGUCAGCCAGGAGGAUUUCCUGGGCAAUUCACCAGAACUAGUUUCCGGAACUACAUGCUUGGACGCGGGAUCGUUCCUACUGUGAAAUACGAAUCAGAGCCCAUCUGGGUGUCGUUGAAUGAUGACAUCUCGCCCCUCCUAUGGAAGUCUUCAGGGCCACAGAUUUCUCCUUUCCUACAACUGCCAUCUUUCAGACCAGAUCGCGAAGACAUAUUGACUAUCAUUAUGGAACAGCGAUUCCGGCACAUCACCAUUCUCAACGUAUGUCCGAGUGAGGCGUUCUCCGGUGCUAACGAGGUUUCGCUAAAAAGAUUUGGCGACGCUCACGAAUGGCUCGCCGUCAUGGUCGUUCAAAACGAAAGGGGGAAGGACCGCAUGAUAGUUGCCUUCUGGGUAGAUCAAGAUCACCUUAUUGCUGGGUAUGGCACGGCCCUGGAUAGCGACGAUGCCGACACAUUGCACACCAGGUUUUUGACGACAGGCUGUACGCUUAGCGAAGGCUUGGUCACGAUCCCGGUUGGCACCCCGGGAGAAUCCUUCAAUAAUAAGGACGGCUUUUUCGUAUCACUGGAAUGCGUGGGAGCACUGGCGUACCGCUUCGUUCUUGGGCCUGGUAUGCGUGAUGGAAGAAUCGACUUUCAUGCAGGAAUGGGAAUCCAGAUUAAUGGAGAAUGUAAAGUGUGGCUAGGGGGUGCUAGACCAGUGUCCAAAUCCCCAUCCGAAGCUUUUUUUGAGCUGUACUCGAGCCCUAGGCCAGCGCCUGCCAACUACGGCUGUCUUCCAGUAGCAUCUCAUGGGAUACAGGAGCGCCAAAGACAACCUAAUACAACGUAUGCCCUGCCACCAGGAAGCCAUUGGGUGGGCUCUGGGAUCUAUGGGCUUCCACAGGGUCGUCAACCACCUCAAAGCUAUGAAUUGCAACAUGACCCUAUCCCACCUGAGAUGGAAGGAAGCCCCCCAGAUUAUUAG